CCAGCCCGUCCUCUCCGGGGCCUAGCGGCGGGCGAGGGCCCCCGCAGAGGCCGCUAUGUUCCCGCGGAGGCCGCCGGCCACCCUGGCCGCCUGGCUGGCGGGCGCGCGGGGCGGGGGCCUGCUGGCCGUGCUGGCCAAUCAGUGUCGUUUCGUGACGGGCCUGCGCGUGCGGCGAGCUCAGCAGAUCGCGCAGCUCUACGGCCGCCUGUAUUCGGAGAGCUCGCGCUGCGUCCUCCUCGGACGCCUCUGGCGCCGGCUGCGCGGCCCCCCCGGCCAUGUCUCUGCCUUGAUGGCGGCGCUCGCGGGUGUCUUCGUUUGGGACGAGGAGAGGAUCCAGGAGGAGGAGUUGCAGAGGUCCAUUAAUGAGAUGAAGCGGUUGGAGGAAAUGUCAAAUGUAUUUCAGAGUUCUGGAGUUGAGAAUCACCCUCCUGAACCAAAGACCCCCGCAGAAGGGAAUGAAAAGUCGAAGGACAAAGAAGAACCAUGGGAAAUGGUGAUGGAUAAGAAACACUUCAAGCUAUGGCGGCGCCCAAUUACAGGCACCCACCUUUACCAAUACCGAGUUUUUGGAACAUACACAGAUGUGACGCCUCGGCAGUUCUUCAAUGUUCAGCUGGACACAGAGUACAGGAAAAAGUGGGAUGCUCUUGUGAUCAAGCUGGAGGUGAUUGAAAGAGAUGUCAUCAGUGGUUCUGAGGUUCUUCAUUGGGUAACGCAUUUUCCUUAUCCAAUGUACUCGAGGGAUUAUGUUUAUGUCCGUCGGUAUAGCGUGGAUCAGGAAAACAAUGUGAUGGUCUUGGUGUCACGUGCAGUGGAACACCCCAGUGUGCCAGAGUCUCCAGAGUUUGUCAGGGUCAGAUCCUAUGAAUCCCAAAUGGUUAUUCGUCCUCACAAGUCAUUUGAUGAGAAUGGCUUUGAUUAUUUACUGACAUACAGUGACAAUCCCCAGACAGUGUUCCCUCGCUACUGCGUCAGUUGGAUGGUUUCCAGUGGCAUGCCAGAUUUCCUGGAGAAGCUGCACAUGGCCACUCUGAAAGCCAAGAACAUGGAGAUCAAAGUGAAGGACUAUAUCUCGGCUAAGCCUCUGGAAAUGAGCAGUGAGGCCAAGGCCACUGCUCCGUCCUCUGAGCGGAAGAGUGAGGGUAGCCGUGGCCCAGCUCGGAUUGAGUAUGCUUAAGGGCCUUUGGGAUAAAGGAGAGACGGGCACUUCCGGUCCUGCCUUGCUCCCUCAGCUCUGCUUCAGGACAGGGACGAGUCACAUGUAUUGGAAGACGUCUGCUGUAACUGUCAGUGGGAGAGAAUUAGAACUGGAGUUAGAUUUCAUUUGGAGCCCUAUUGCUCUUUACCAAACAGAGAGGGCCAUGACAUCAUGGAGUCGUCGUCGUCAUCGUGUUCUCAGGCCAACUAUUGUGAAAUCCGGUAUUAUGCUGAGCUAAUCUGGAGCAAACCUCUCACUUUAGGCCAGAAGGGGAUGACUCCCAUCUGCCUCCUCCGAGAAGCUUCCUUGCUGACAUUCCAGAUGCCACCGUUGAUUGUGCAGCCCUCUGGAUAUCCUUCGGUUCUCUAGGUCACUGGGAACUGGUUGGCCCUGGGCUCUCACUAAGGGUCACGAGGAGUGCUCUUGGUAACAAUCCUUUGGUGACGUGAACACUGGCUGAGCUAAGUGCCUUGUCCUCACCUCGCUUUAUCAUUAGAGACAUGAAGUUUGUACCAAGGGAUCCUUACCCCUGCAAAAUACCAUGACACCGACUCACCCGACUCAAAGCAGUUUCCAUCCUAACUGGCCCUCGGUGUUGAUGGGCUGUGCUCGUUGGACCGUGGCCUCUGCCAUAGCCUUAGCCCAUUUGCCAGGAGCACCAGAGACAGACCCGUUUAGACAGGAGCUUUCUAUUGAUGCCGCCAGUGUUUUGAUAGGGUCAGUGGAAGUGUGCACAAAACUUCUCACUUCACAAUAACUAGAUUUCUUUUUAACCCUGUAGCAAAGUGGAGUUGCAGAUGAGAGCACAGCUCCUUCGUAGUCUUACUUGUUCAGGCGCUAUUUUCCCGCUGCAGGUCGACUGGGCCUCCUGGAGGGCUCAAGGUAGUGGAUGGUGGUUGCAUUUCCUCAGAACUUUCAAAACUAAAGCUGCCAUGUGGGCCAGCAGAUGAAGUCUUGCCCCAUACCAAUAUGGUAGUGAUGUGGCUUAUGUGACCCUCUUGACCCUCUAAAGCGUUUCUCUCCAGAGCUGACACAGAAGUAAGGCGCACAGUUUGGAUAAAUAAGAUUACAACCAGAUGAUAGGGACCUGGCCUUGCUGGUUUCUUUAUUGUGAAUAGGGAUCAAGUUUUAAAUUUUACCCCCCCCCCUUUUUUUCCUGGAGUUUAUAUAGCUGCAUUUUUCUUUUCCUUUUUUUCCUGCUUGCUUCCCUGUUGUGUUGAAAAAGGAAACUAAACCCAAGGUGAACUUAACCCUUUUUAAAAAAAUGUUCUUGUUGCCUACUCAGUUCUGUGCCAAGGAAACCACUAACUCCCCCAAUGUUCUGUGUCUUCUCAAUUGUUGGCAGAGUAGAGAGAUGCAUUGAGCAGUCCCAGUGUCUUUCAGUGAGCAUUUCUCCUUCUCCCCAGACCUGACGGAAACCUUUUCUCUGAAUUUAGCACCUGUAGCUGAAUGUGUGUAAGUGUGUGUGUAUGCGUGUGCGCGCGUGCAUGUGUGCGUGCGUGCACACUGGGCUGCAGGGACUAAGCAGUUGUGGUUGCCCUUUGUUCUGACUUAACGGUGAUUUGACUCUGUGCAAUUACUUGGUCAUUAUAAUGAGUUUGCUCCUAACUGUGAUGUUUUUAUCAGAUGUGUGAAUAAAUGCAUAAAGAUUGGUACA